UUACUUGAGCAAGAACUCCUCCUCGGUGCACAUGGACGUCUCCAAACUGACACACAGACAGACACACAGACAGAGCCGACAAACAAAGAGCCACAGGCAGGCAGAGACCGAAAUCAACGACCGAUGGCCAGGCUGUUCUGUCUGUGUGUCUGUGUGUCUGUUUGUCUGUGUGUGGGGCUUACUCGAAGGAAUCCCGCGGGAUGGCCUUGAUGGCGUAGAAGAGGUCCUUCACGACCGAACAAGUCCUCUCCACCUUGAACACAAACCCGUUCCUGCAUCCCGCCACACACACACACACACGCUCAUUGAGUGAUUGGUUCGCAUGCAGUGCAGUGCAGUGUGUGUGUGCGUCGGUGGCUUACGAGCCGCGCCCGGCCUCCUCGACCACUCGGAAUUGCUCGUCAUCGAGCAGGUCGCCAAACGAGCCGUACGUCUGUCGCACACACGUAAGUACACAGAAACCGGCACAGAGCCGACUAUGCGCACUGCAUGCACUGGGCUGUCUGUGCCGUCCGUCUUCAUUUGUCAUCUCGAGCUGCGCACCUUGGGAGCUGGCACCUUGAGUUGGAAGACGUCCGGGGGCGCCUCCUCCUCGCCGCGCGCCGUCCGCUCAUCCACGAGGCCGACAUCCCUCUCGACGAACCCCAGCGAACCCAUCUCUAUCUGCUCGGUCAGUCUGAACCGCCGGCAGCGACAAACGGCGUGAGGCGCACUCGUGGCGCGACUGAGCGACCAAGUGACCGACUGGGGCGAUUGAGUAACAAGCAGACACUAGCUACAGCCGCCAAAGAACAACGAUUCGCACCUUUGACAGCUUUUUG